CCGACACCUUUCGUAAAGAUAAGCAAGGACUCGACUAGCGUUUCACAACAUUUCAUUUGGUUUGCUGACAUUUUACCAAUCACCUAGAAAGCCUCAAAGAAUGCCUGACGUACGGUUAGUAGUCAUCGCAGUUCUUUUUCUUGUCGGAUCCGAAGCAUCUAAUAAUCAAGAUUUUCGGACAAUCCUGUUUGGUCACGGUCAUGUCGGUUACCGAGUCAUGGAAACAGUCGAGCCUAUUCGCAACAAAAGGGAUACUACGACUGCCAAUACGACGGAAAAUAACAUUUUUGAGUGCUACCAGUUCACCUGGCCCGGAGUGACGGAGAACAAUACGGUACCUGACUGCGCCAGAAUCAGAAAAUUCGUUCCGUGCUUCACACCGUUCGUUUUUACAAAUGAUACAUCGUCCCCGGAACCUGAUCCAGCUAUCGUUAAGGACUAUUGUGACACUAGGGGGUGUAAAGUAACUUGCCCCAAGACCAGUGCCAAUUCUUGCAUCCGCUAUACUUACUAUUCAGCUGGGAGAGCGGUAAAUGUUACCUACUUCUGUGGAGCCGUUCAAGACAAGACGAACGAUAUCCCUUUGAAAAAUGGGGGAUUCACAGAUACCUUGUCUGGUGGUCUAAUUUUGGGUGUUAAAUACUGCCAAGGAGAUUUGUGCAACGCAGCCAGUUCUGUGCACGUCUCCCUUUCAUUUCUCUUUACACUGAUAGCUUUUCUCGUUUUCUUGUGUUAACCCCGUUAAAAUAUACGUAAUCGUCAUUUCUAUAACGUAAAAA